CUCAUUUCCAGGUGGCGGCGGCGGGGCGAAUGCCUGCACUCCCCUUGGAGCCCUUUGACCCCAGCGACUGACCCGAGCGGCUCCGCAGGUCGCGCUCAGCAUUCUCGCUCUGUGCCUGCUCCUCGUCGUACCUGGUGCCACCGAGAAGGAGUUCGUCAGUGGAGUGAUGCAGUACAGAAACACCUUUGAGCAAGUUCCUGUUGCCACCUUUGUUUGCCGUUACAUGGGGAACAAGAGGCUUAACACUAACAAUACCCUCCUGGUGGUGCUGGACAACAAUGUUAGAGUAAAACGUUCCUUCCAACCGGAUUUGAACCAGCGACCUAAGGAUACCUGGUAUUUUCCACUACAGUCCUCCGCUCUACCAACUGAGCUAUCGAAGGUUGCAAAAUAGAGGACUUGGUAGUUGCCCAGGGCCUCCCGGGGUGGGCUGCGGUUCCAGCGGCAGUCUGGGAUUUCCCCGUUGGGCGUGACGAUGUUGAGGGUGUCGUUGAUGAGGUUGUACUUCAAGAUGCGGUCAUUGGCUGUGCUGGAAGUGAGCGAGGGAGAUGCAUUGACCUGAGGAGUACACAGAAACAGAAAGAACAUUGUGUGUUUGAAGAUAAGGUGUUUUGCUUCUAAAUACAGUAGAAUUACUGCCCUGUCGUUGCUUGCCUACGCCAACCAGUAAAGGCAGCAUACUUCUUUUUUUUUGCCAGACUCCCAAGAGGUCACUGUGACCUUUGUGAAGAAAUUCUCUCAUGGCAAACUUGAAAUAUCAUAUUCAAGAGUUCUUAUCAGGCAGGAAAUGUAGCUGCAACUGUGCUACAACGCACAUGGAUGAAUUAUUCUCAAAACAUACACACACUUACUUCCUUGAGUACACACACAAAGACUUCUUUGCUCGCUCUGUUGAUACACACAUACCUUCGCAACUAUUGUAAGGUCAACCAGAAACAGAGCAAGUAGCAAGACUAAUGACUGACAGGGAGUGCUCCUGACAAGGUCUGUGGCACAUAUUUGAUCAGUCUGUCGCUGUGGAGCGUCCAUGCCCUAAAACCAACUGGGUGUCGACCAAAAUAGAUCAGAUCAGUGUCUGUGAACAGAAAUAGUUGAGACCUAGCCUGGAAACCCAGCAACUUCAUUGUGCAGCUGUCAGGAGCAAGUGCAGUAAAAAGAUGACAACUUCUCAACAAGCAAUAUAUUCAGUAAAAGAAACCUGAGAAACAAUGACAAAUGCCUCCUAUUUUAAGGAAAACACCAGCCAGCGAUUAGCCUGCACCAGCCUGUAUCACUUGGUUCACACACUGCAUUUGUUGCAAUGUUUUACAACGAGGAUAAUCAGACUAGAAUGGGUUAAAGAAACGCCCUCAGCACACAAUUAAAGACACAGAGGCACACAUCCAAACAGACACAAAGAUCACCCUUAAGGCCAUUUAAAAUUGCUCAACCCAAAGUGGAGUCACUGUGUUAGCAUGUUAAGUAUCAUGGGCUUGGUGAAAAUAUGUAACUGUUGCCUUCAGGAACUGAGCAAAAACAUGUUUUUAUGGAGCAGAGUUUAAUAUUUACUCAAUUAAACCCUUUUUUAUUGAGUUUGUAGGUGUGUGUAUUUGCAUAAUGAACUCCUCCUUAAAUGACUCACCUCAAUAAGCCACGGCUUCAGCUUGUCAUCGAUAAUGAUGUCAUAGCCGUAACAUUCAAAACAGUGCUUGUCGUUGUUCAUCACGGGCUGAGAGAAAUAAGAGAGGGAGACCAAUUUAGAGCAAGGAAGUAAACAACUAGCGAUUGUGAUACAUCACCAGUGGACGUAACUAUUAGCGCACAGCAGCCUGAGUAUAGAGGCCUGAGAGAGAGAAAGUGGAAUAAAUCACUUUGAAGGAGACGUGUGUGUGAAGCUGAGCGCAGUAAUGGGCUAAAAAACUAAAAAGAGAUCAUAUCAAAGAAGUUAGAACCAUUUAAUAAUCAGAAAUUCAAUUUUUGAGACAUUUCUAACCCACUAUUCCAACGUUAAAAUCUGUUCGUGCCUAACUUUACUUAAAGGUUCAGUCUGUAGAAUUUAGUGACAUCUAGUGGUGAAGUUGCAAGUUGCAGCUUAAAACCCCUCCCCUCACCCUCCCCUUCCAAACAUGAUGGAGAACCUGUGGAAACCUUCAGUUGUCAUAAAAACUCAAAAGGUGUUUAGUUUGUCCAGUCUAGGCUACUGUAGAAAACAUGGCGGCCUCCGUAGAGAGGAUCCUCUUCCCAUGUAAAUAUAAAUGGUCCAUUCGUGGGUAAGGAAAAAUGCAAUUUGUAAAAUUUAGAUGAAACACACUGGUAAAAACAUCACUAGGAUUAUUUUAUAUUCAAUUUCUGCCAAUAGAUCCCUUCCACCUGAAUCUUACACACUGCACCUUUAAGUGUGUCGCAGUGUUGGACAAUAUGUUUCACAAUACAGUUAAAAAGUCACUCCAAAUCCAUAUCAGCUGGGCUCUUCUUCCUAUAAAGUCAGCCAGUGUGUGUGAGAGAAACUGUCACAUGAGUAAAAAGGGAAAUUCUACAUCAUGUCUACUCACGGCCACAGCUUUCAGCGACUGCACCACAAUCCAGUGGAUCUGGUCAAAGAGUCUGCUCGUCACCUCCUUUCCUCGGGUGCUCUCCAGGUACAGACGUAGGUUGCUGACCGUCCACUUGCCUCCGUGAACGUGGUUGUAGUCAUCCUGCAUCAGAGGCACACAGUCUAAAUAUGUGUUGGAAUAUCUUGUCACCUGGAAUUCAUUGGUGUCUUUGGAUCUUUUCAGAAAACGCUACAUCAUACACGUUUUAUCUUACAGGAGCAAUCCACCAAUUUUACACAUCAAAACAGUUGAAUAUUAUCUUCAUUAGCUCUGAGGUGAGGUCUCCUGUAGGAAGCUUCUGCAUCUGUUGCAUGUUGAGACCCAUUUAAAAUCCAAUAAAACCUUUUACUUGUACCAAACAGUUAUUAAAACAGGACCAGACAUGUUACAGACUUACCCCGUGUUUCUGUAUGGCCACAUUAGUGAGGUGGACAAACAUGUUGUCCAGUUCACUCGUACUGGGCGUGUACUUCACUGUGCAGAACCGACAGAAGCCCAGAUUGUAACUGAAAGAGUGAAAUCAACAACUUUGAUGUCAUUUUAAAAUAAAACCACAAAAACCUAGUGAGAAAACGUGUAAUGUUUCAACUACAGCUGAAUAGAAAACAGUCUGAAACAUGCUGCAGUAGACAUAGUGUAAGAUUAUUGAAGGAUGCUCGUAGCCAGGUCUUACAUGUAGCAUUUCAGAGGCCGAUAGGUCGUCACCAAGACGUAGAGACGCAGGUCAAACUUUUUCCCUCCUAUCAGCAGAGGAUUAUCAAUGUACAGGGAGAUCACAUACGCUUCCUUACCACUAGCAGCUGCUACAAACCUGCGGCAAACAGCAAGACACCCAGCGUCAGCAAAAACAACAACCUCUGACCAAGCUGAUGCUUUACAAGAAUGAUCAUGAGCAGUGUCUGAUGAUUACCUGGAAAUCCAAUGCUAAAACAGUAGAUUAUACAGGUGUUGAUGAGCAUUUCAUUUAAAAAGUUGAAACUAGAGCGAAAACAUGAUGAUUUGUGAUAGUUUUACCAUUAAAUAGAAAGAAAAAAAUUAGAAAAUACAAAACAAAAUGCAUGUAGUGGCUGUAGCCUCGCAUGAUGGUGUGAUGUCUCUGUUAACUCACGUGGAGGUGCGGCUGUCUCUGGACCACUUCUUUAUCUGGGACAGUUUGUUAAUGAGGAAGAUGCCUUUGCCCUGGGCCUUCCCGCAGGGCUUCAUGAUCCAGGUGCUGGACGGAUUCUUUCGAUACUCCUCCACAAACAAAUUGUAAUCGGCCGGGAGCAUGAACGUCACGGGCACGAAAUCUACCCAUAACACAGGUGAACAUAAUCAGCUUUGUCACAUUUCGAUGAUUUGUGUGUCUGUGAGGGAAAAGAGAAGAGAGGAAGAUAAAUAUGGAUUUUUAGAUACCGAGAUAAAUGUAUUUUCCAUUCUCGUCCUUCUCCGCCAGCGGGCUGCUUUCUUUCUCCAGGUCCUUCCGGUAGCGUUUGAUGUUCUUGAUCAUCAGGUCCUUCCUGGUCAGCUCAUAGUGGUUGGGGAAGUGGUUAACCAUCUGUUCGUCUGACAGGCGGUAGCCGGUGUCCACACUGAACACAUUCCUGAUGGUCUGGAUGCUCAUCCUGCACAUGGGCACAAAUACAUCUGCAGUAUAUGCAGGUAAAGGCGUGGCCAGGCUCAUUCGUGGCAGUUAACCGAGAGCAACGAGAUUAAAGGACGCUGCUGGCGGCGUCGACUUUAAUCUACUCAGAAGAAAACAAACAUGGUGAAACAAAGCAGACAGCCCAGUCCAGUCGUCCCGCUCCAGGCUGGACCUGGUGAGGGGGACACUGGCGGCCUGUUGGACGUUAACCUCAGAAUCGGUGACGGGACAUCUCGUGCCUUCGCCCGCCAACUGGCUGCCAUCGGGGACCAGAUGGACCGGGAGUGGACCAGCAGGCGGCGAAACCGGCUCCCACCUCCUCUACGCAUGCUGAGACCUGCUCAGGUGCUGACCAGGACCGUGUAUCGGGAUUUCCACAACCAGUUAUGGGGCUUCCACGGCCUCUCUGCUGCAGUGAAGGCCUGGAUACUGAGCACUGCGCCUGGGCAGGGUCUCUUCAGAGCUGAGGCCUGGACAACCUGGGUUUCCAGUUUUAAACCAAUAACCAGCAUUGAUUGGACCAGAGGAGCCCUGGUGACUGUGGCACUGGUGGCUGCAGUGACCCUCCUCGGUGCCUUAUGGAUGGAGUGGAAAGAUUAAAGAGCCAUAAUAAUAAUGACUUUUCCAACAUUAUUAUAUUUGACAAGAAAAAAAAGUUUGCAGGCGAGUGAUAAUUAUUGCUAACUGAUGUGUUUCUGGUGUUUACUUUGAGGUUUUCUUUUUGUACUAUUUUAACGAGCGGUAUUGGCGUUGACGCGGCGACUGUGGGCAGCUUACUGGGAAAUGUACCAGUGAAAAUAAAUAUCCCAACGCAGGUGGAUUUCAAUCAGUUUUAUAGCAUUAGCCAAGGAGUUGGCCAGUUUCAUGUAGCACUGAAAUGUUGUUUUUAAGGUCACACACACGUUUCCAUGACUGUUGCUGGCCUGCAGUCUUUUGUAUCCACAUUAGUUUCUUACUGGUUUAAGAGGCCCAGAAAAGUUUUUUACGGAUGAUAUGAACCCUGGCUUAAUAUAAAAUGACGGGAGCUGGACUUUCUGUUGCAGAUUUUUGAAACUGCUUUUCUUAUAAUGCUAAUAAAAAACAUAAAGACAAAA